ACACUUCCGGUAUAACCUGGUUUUAUUGAACACUGGAAUACAAUAUCGCAGCUAGCCUACUAGCUCCCUAUAUAGCCAUUUUGAAGACAAUGGAGUAGACGUUGUAAUUAUACAGUUCUAAAGAUAUUUUUAAAUAUGGGAAAAAAACACAAAAAGCAUAAGCCGGAAUGGAGAACUGUUGACGGCUAUGAGGACAAACCUCUUGAAAAGCCCUUGAAGCUGGUACUGAAAGUGGGAGGAAAUGAAGUGACAGAACGGUCAGGCUCGGGGCAUGACUCAAGUUACUAUGACGAGAGGUCCGACCAUGAGCGUGAGCGCCACAAGGAAAAGAAGAAGAAGAAAAAGAAGAAAUCAGAGAAGGAGAAGGAUAAGCAUGGAGAUGAUGAGGAGAGGAGGAGAAGGAAGGAGGAGAAGAAGAAGAAGCGAGAAAGGGAGCUGUGUGAAAGUGAGGCUGCAGUUCCAGUAGAGCCAUUCUCUUUACCAAAAAAUGUGGAGCCGCUGGAGGAGAAGAAAAGGAAGCGGGAGAAGGUGGCUGAGACGGAAGCAGAAACGGAGGAGUUCCACCCCAGGGUGAAGGUGGAGGUGGAGCAGCAGCAGCUGGCAGACAGACCCAUCCGGGCCUGCAGGACCCAGCAGGAGAAUGAGUGCACGCCAAGGCAGCAGCUCCUAGAACACUUCCUGCGACAGCUACAAAGGAAGGAUCCUAAUGGCUUCUUCGCAUGGCCAGUCACAGACGCCAUUGCUCCUGGCUACUCCAUGAUUAUCAAACACCCCAUGGACUUCAGCACCAUGAAAGACAAGAUCACAACCAACGAGUAUAAAACUGUCACCGAAUUCAAGGCAGACUUCAAGCUGAUGUGUGACAAUGCCAUGGUCUACAACCGUCCGGAGACAGUCUAUUACAAGGCAGCUAAGAAACUGCUCCACACUGGGUUUAAGAUGAUGAGCAAAGAGCGGCUGUUAGCUCUGAAGCGCAGCAUGUCUUUCAUGCAGGACAUGGAUUUUUCUCAGCAGGCGGCCAUUUUGGGUGACGAGGACAUUGCCUCUGAAGAGCCCCCUCCUGAGGUCAUACCUGUACCAGUCGAGUCUGCCAAAAAGUCCAAAAAACAGCCCCCCAUCAGUGACCCGUAUGAGCCCGAGGGGAACGCCUGUAGCCUCACUGACAGCACGGCAGAGGAGCACGUCCUGGCCUUGGUGGAGCACGCUGCCGACGAGGCCCGCGAUCGCAUCAGCCGCUUCAUGCCCAGCUCCAAAAUAGGGUACCUGAGAAAGGAGACCGAUGGCUCUCUGGUCUACACUGUGGUGAAUCAGCAGGACCCAGAUGCAGAAGAGGAGGAAACUCACCCAGUGGAUCUGAGCACUCUGUCUACUAAGCUCUUGCCUGGUCUAACUACCCUGGGCUUCAAAGAUGACCGAAGGAAUAAAGUGACAUUCCUCAACAGUGCAUAUAACACACAGACCCUCCAGAACAACACAGUGUACCCAGACCUGCUCCCUGAGGAGAUGGAGGUGCUUUAUUCUGCUUAUGGGGAUGAGACGGGGGUCCAGUGUGCACUCAGUCUGCAGGAGUUUGUAAAGGGAUGUGGGGGCUUCACCAAGACGCUGGUGGACGGACUGCUGGACAAAAUGACAGGAGGCGAUCACUCCAAAUCCGUCUUCCAAAUUCGACAGAAAAGAAACAUGGUGAUCAAACCUGAUGAGAUCAAGUCCAGUCUGUGUGACAUGCAGCUCCUGGACUCUCAGGUGGGAGAUGGGAGUGGCAUGUCAGGAGAGAACAGUUCUGUUCUGGAUUUCAUGUCCAUAAAGACCUACUCAGACAUGUCCCUGGAUAUGUCACUGUUGAACAAUCUGGGUAAAACGGUAAAGAAGGAGUCGGAGCACGACGACGGGCACCUGCACUUCGACGAGACCGCAAAACUGCUGCAGGACCUCCAGGAGGCGCAGGCGGACAGGGUGGGGUCGCGACCCUCCUCCAAUCUCUCCUCGCUGUCCAAUGCAUCGGAGAGAGACCAGCACCAUCUGGGGAGCCCAUCCCAUCUGGGUGUUGGGGACCAGGCUGAAAUGGUUCAUGACCCAUAUGAGUUUCUUCAGUCUCCAGAACCCGGCUCCACAGCCAACAGCUGAUUCUCUCCCAUGAGAGCCCCCUCCCCUUGUAGUAGUGAGAGCAGGAGGUUUCAUGAACCCCAUGUGUGGAACUGAUAGUUCCCAACUCAAACCAGAUCUAAUGUGGUAUUUUUUUACUUUAUUUUUAAUGUAUAUCAUUGUUUCUGCCACGUCACACAUCUCCCGCCAUUUUGGGAUUCCUAAAUCCUUGAAACCCCACCGCCAGUCAAGAAACUAGACCUGUAAUGUGCGUGUCAUUUAUAGGGAGGAAACUUCACUAUGUUCUUGGUGUGAAAGCUGAUUAUGUGUUCAGCUAACUGUGAUUGUUCUGUCAAGUUUUUGAGAAUAAAUGUCUCCAAGAUCGUUGGUUUUUAUACAUUG